CCAUUCCACCUCCAGUAGUAAUUAGUUUCAGAACACACCUGAAUUCUUUCUCUGUGGCAUAUGCUUUUUAGUGAAGGAACAGGCAGCUCCAGGCCAGGGGCAGAUUUCAAGUUCUCAUCUCUUGGUACCGAAUUCCUCUUUGCCGUCAACUUUUGAGAUCCUCCCUGAGUACAACUUGGUGUCUGAAGGGCUACACAGGUGCACGGUCAUCAUUCGCGUCACAGAGUCACAGCCUCUUCUCCCAGCAAAGCAUCUGCUGUCCUCAGCUUUGCUUUUAGAAACAGCAUCUUCCUGGGACCUGGUUGAAAGCAACUCUUUGGUGCCAUACUUCCCAGCAUGGAGGUGAAGACCUUCUCAGUUUGGGAUUAUGUCGUAUUUGCAGCCCUCUUUAUCAUUUCUUCUGGAAUUGGGGUGUUCUUUGCCAUUAAGGAGAGAAAAAAGGCGACUUCAAGGGAGUUUCUGGUUGGCGGUCGGCAAAUGAGCUUUGGCCCCGUCGCGCUGUCUCUGACAGCCAGCUUCAUGUCCGCUGUCACUAUCCUGGGCACCCCCGCCGACGUCUACCGCUUUGGGGCAUCCUUCUCCGUCUUCUUCAUUGCGUACACAUUUGUCGUCAUCUUCACAUCAGAGCUCUUCCUCCCUGUGUUCUACAGGUCCGGCAUCACCAGCACCUAUGAGUACUUGCAACUGCGAUUCAAUAAACCAGUUCGAUACGCAGCCACAGUCAUCUACAUCGUGCAGACGAUUCUCUACACAGGGGUGGUGGUGUACGCUCCUGCCCUGGCCCUCAAUCAAGUGACUGGGUUUGAUCUCUGGGGCUCUGUGUUUGCGACAGGAAUUGUCUGCACAUUCUACUGCACCCUGGGAGGAUUAAAAGCAGUGGUGUGGACCGAUGCUUUUCAGAUGGUUGUCAUGGUUGUGGGCUUCUUAACAGUUCUCGUUCAAGGAUCAAUUCAUGCUGGUGGAUUACACAAUGUAUUAGAGCACUCUGCAAAUGGAUCUCGACUAAAUAUAUUUGACUUUGACGUAGAUCCUCUCCGGCGGCACACUUUCUGGACCAUCUCCGUGGGAGGAACUUUUACAUGGCUUGGAAUCUAUGGAGUCAAUCAGUCGACCAUCCAGCGCUGCAUCUCUUGCAAAACAGAAAAACAUGCCAAGCUAGCCUUGUACUUCAACUUGCUGGGUCUUUGGAUCAUUCUGGUCUGUGCUGUCUUGUCUGGCUUGAUCAUGUACUCCCACUUCAGAGACUGUGACCCUUGGACUUCCGGCAUCAUCUCAGCACCAGACCAGUUGAUGCCAUACUUCGUCAUGGAGAUAUUUGCCACAAUGCCAGGACUCCCAGGACUUUUUGUGGCUUGUGCCUUCAGUGGAACUCUGAGCACCGUGGCUGCCAGCAUCAAUGCCUUAGCAACUGUGACCUUUGAGGAUUUUGUCAAGAGCUGGUUUCCCCGUCUCUCCGACAAGCUGAGCACCUGGAUCAGUAAAGGCUUAUGUCUCUUGUUCGGCGUGAUUUGUACCUCCAUGGCUGUGGCUGCGUCCCUCUUGGGGGGCGUCAUCCAGGCUGCCCUGAGCAUCCACGGCAUGUGUGGGGGACCGAUGCUGGGCUUGUUUUCGCUGGGGAUCCUGUUCCCUUUUGUGAACUGGAAGGGUGCACUUGGAGGCAUUCUGACUGGAAUCACCUUGUCAUUUUGGGUGGCCAUUGGGGCCUUCAUUUACCCUGCUCCAGCCUCCAAGACAUGGCCUUUGCCUUUAUCAACAGACCAGUGUGCCCCAUCAAAUGCGACAGAAGUGGUGUCUCCAGGGAUGUCCAACAGACCUGCAAUCGCUGAGACCUGGUAUUCGCUCUCCUACCUUUACUACAGUGCAGUGGGCUGGCUAGGAUGCAUGGCUGCUGGAGUGAUCAUCAGCUGCAUAACAGGUUUCCAAAGCGGCAGGGAUGUUCCACCACUGCUCAUUAGACCAGUCUGCAAUUUAUUUUGCUUUUGGUCUAAGAAAUACCAAACUCUGUGUUGGUGUGGAGUUCAGCAUGGCAGUGGAACAGAGCAGGAGAACCUUGAGCAGGGCAGCACCUGGAAACCAGGGGCUGAACCUGUCUUCCAGAAUGGCCUCGGGCGAGAAAGCCUGGCCCACGUUCCGGGCUAUGACCCCAAGGACAAAAGCCACGACAGCAUGGCGGUGGAGAAGAUUACCCAUUUCUAAGGCAACACACACGUCCACACACACACACACACAGUCCACAUACUUCUUGCCUAUUGGUCAGUAGAUUUGUGUAGUUGGCACUGCUAGAAGACAGGGAUGUCUAAUGUCUAUUUAUACUUAUUUAUGACUACAAAUAGAAUGACCGUUCCCCAGAAUAUUCCAAAGGCUAUUCUUUGAAAGACCCCACUCUCAGGUGAGAAAAAAACAGCCAAGGCUUAACUGCCCCGGCAGCUUUUUGGAAUAAAUUAGGGCUUGAUUUCAUCAUGACGCAAGAUUCCAUCUCUUUCCUUUGUAUUAUGAUACACUUCAGGGAUUUUGUUUGUUUGUUUGUUUGUUUUUUACAGUUUUCUCUCUUUUCAACCAUCAAAUAUCUUGGAGUUUGCAAAAGGGGAGAUGCAUAUGAAAUGCUUCUCUGACUCUGCUGGUAAGACAAGGGGAUGACACCCGGCCCAGCCCCCAUACCUCCCAAAUGUGUAGACUCAUUUCACAUCCCCUCAUGCUGCAGGUGUAGUUGGAACACUUAACUGCUUUUAACCUCCCUCCCAUCAACCCCCAUACACGUUUAAGUCCUUUUCCAGGCAUUCUUGCUGUUACAGCUGCCCUAACCAAGCCUGACAAUUAAUUUUGCUCAGCAUGGGAGGAGAGCCUGACAGGUGUGGAAAGUGGGAGCAGUUACAACUAAGUGUCCUGCUCAGUUUGCGCUGAGUGUUGUGUGUCUUGAUCCUUUCUGUCACCUUCCAAUGAAAAGUUCACUCUGUGCUCAACAAGAAGUCUGGAGUCUUUCUUUCUGUAGGGCUGGGUGAAGAGGAGCGGGACAUCCUAUCAGAGGCUAUUUGUAUAGCAUUGUGUAAAAGAACCUUGCACAGAGCUUACCAGCCCGCAGGGGAUUUCCCUGGCCACGGGGUUAGCUUUGGUGCUGAAUAUCUUGUCCAUAGGAUUUCUACUCCUUCAUUCAGCUCACACUUGCCAGCUCAGCGCGUUCCAUCAGGCUAAGGUGGCUGAAGUCAGGAUCUUAAUAGUUGAGCUCUAGAAAAUAAUUUUUAAAGCUCUGGAGGAAGAGGGUACCACAGAUCAAAAAGUGAGUUAACAAAUGGAGAGGCAGUGAAAGCUUUCUGGAGGAAGCAAAGAAAUCGAAUCCUUAAAAGAUUUAAAAAAAAAAAAAAAAGGUGUCCCGGGGCUAGAUCAGAGGAAAGAUAGGAG